GAAGAUCGAGUGAGAAGGGGAGAGAGCAGCUAAAGCUAACAGCCCGCCAGUAAGACCUGCUGUUUUGCUCCUCUCCGCCGUGUUUGUUUAGCUAAGUAGCGUUAGCUAACUGAGCUUUUCCGUCAGACUAGCUCCUUCUCCGCGCGCGCUCUCCGACUCUGAGGAGGAAAGGGGAGGAGAAGCCUGGGCUGCCCCGCUCGCUCGCUCUCUCUCUCUCUCUCUCUCUCAUUCUCAGUAUCUCUCUUUCUCUCACUCUCUCUAUCUCUCCUCAGCUCUAUCGGGUUGCUGUGUGUUGUCGUCUCUCUCUCUCUCUCUUUCCCUCUCUCUCUCUCUGUACUCUACCAGUCCGCGAGCGGAGCUCUCUCUCAGAGCAGCACUAGCAGCUACACGAGCCUUGCGCUGCCGCUGCUGCCAGGGCAACGCCGCGCGCACACCUGGCCGCGUCACGUGACCCUGUGUACCUGGGCGUGGAUGGUGAAGCGACGGUUAGUUCUCCUCCAGGCUUCAGUCAGUCAGCCCGCUUCUCCAGACCGCCCGAGACGCGUCUCCGCCGCCUUCUUCCCCCGCAGGACUCCGCUCUCCUCCGCCGCUGCCGCUGCGCUCUCCGGGCGACUCGCCACCGCUCGCUCCAACUCAUAAGAUGUGAACUUUUUCCACGCAGCGCGGUUCUGGGGAUCUAUCGGCCGCUGUGUUAUUGUUUAUUAUCGUUAUUAUUAUUAUUAGUAUUAUUUUCUCCAGCUCUUUGGGGGAGGAACUGAAAUCUGGCCGCUCCGCGUGUUCGCGCUACUUCUCCUCCUCUUCUUCUGCCAAGAGUGCAUUCCAUCUGCAGGCAGAUUGGAGGUGGCAGAAAAGGGCCUCCUCAUUGCCGGGAGAACAGACGCCGCCGCAAUUAAACCUGACACCGCCGUUUAGAGCCUUACACACACACUCCUGUGAGGGCCUACUGGCGAGCUGCACUCAACUCUUAUGGCAAUGGCGGGUUGGGUGCAGAUGGUCCUGUUCUUGCUGUGGUGCGUUUUUUUAUCUGAGAGCUCUGCAGAGGUUUUGGAGUUUCCCACAGACACGUGCAUCAACAACGUAGUCCAGGACCCCGCCACAGGCCGAGUUUACUUGGGGGCAGUCAACACCAUUUACCAGCUUGACGCCUUUCUAAAGCUGGAGGCCAGAGCCGAGACCGGGCCAAAGAAAGACGCUCGGACCUGCACUCCGCCCGUCUCCGCCUGCACCACCGCCGAUCUCAAAGACACCAACAACAUCAACAAGCUCCUGCUGGUCCACCAUACUAACGGAUCUCUAAUCGUCUGCGGGAGCGUUUAUAAAGGCAUCUGCUCUCUUCUGAACCUCAGCAAUGUCAACCAGGAGAUCUACUACAGCGACACCAAAGGGGAAAGGACGUACGCCGCCAGCACCGACGAGAACAUUUCAGUGGUGGGGGUCAUGGCAACGUUCCUGCUGAAGGAAAACCCCGAUAAAAAGACAUUUCCCGUCUUCCUGAUUGCGAAGGCGCACGGAGGCCCGGAGGACAACCCCAAGCUCAUCGCCACUCGCAUCUUGGAGAACUACAAGGAGUGGGUGGUGUUCGAGAGCAUAGUGGAGGCCUCACCGGUGCAGGUCUUCCCCCACGGCCUCAAGUAUCAGCACCAGUUUCGCUUUGCCUUCAAAGACUCCGGCUACAUCUAUUUCCUCUUCUCCCGCACUCGCGACGAGUCGGACAACAAAAACUUCACCUUCCUCUCGCGCCUGUGCGAGAGGGACGAGAGCUAUUACUCCUACACGGAGCUGCAGCUCAACUGCAGUCGCAACGGCGUCCAGUACAACAAAGUCCAGGCUGCGUACGUAACCGAGCCAGGGAAGGAGCUGGCGCGUGCCAUGCUGGAUUCUGGUCAGUACGGCACCGUUUCAGUCUGGGAUAAAGUGCUGUUUAUAGUGGCCAGUCCAGAUGGCGAGGACGCUACAGACUCGGCGCUUUGCAUGUAUCCAUUAAAGCGCAUUAAUGAGCGGGUAGAGGACAUCCUCAACGCCUGCUACACCGACUACGGGAAAAUAGGAGGAAGAGCAGCUGUGUACAGCCCUUAUAAAUCCAUCACAGACAAUCCUUGUCAGAAUCAUCACACUAAGGAAAUAGUGGACCAGAACAAGUGUGGAGCAGAGUUUCUCCGGUACCCGCUGGCCAGCAGGCCACAGUUCGCUCUGCAGGCAGAGGCGGUCUUCUCCAGACAGGGUCGAGGCCAUCUGACAGCGGUGGCCGUGGCCGUGGAGAACGACCACACCAUAGCUUUUCUGGGGAGCAGCGUGGGAGAGGUGGUGAAGGUUCAUUUGUCAAGCAGUCCGGACGGGUACAUCAGGGUUUCCGGGGACACGGCGGGCGGCCGCGUGAAUAAGAACCUUUUCUUUGACAAGACCCACAGCCACCUGUACAUCACCGCCGAGAAAAAGAUCUCUAAGGUUCCCGUGCAGACGUGCCAUCUGAAGACUGACUGCGAGUCCUGCAUGGCCCUCAAAGAUCCCUACUGCGGCUGGUGCGUCCUGGAGGGCAGAUGUACGAGAAGGUCCGAGUGCAGUCGAGCCGAGGAGAAGAACGGCUGGCUGUGGAGCCCCAAACAACAGUGUGUUAAAAUAGUCUCCUUCCAUCCUCCCAACCUCAGCUGCAAGAGAUCCCAGCAGGUUGAGAUCAACAUCCCAUCCCUGCCCAGCGUCAGAGAUUUUGACAGGAUUCAGUGCACAGUCGGCUUAUACAGGAGUAAAGCCGCCAUGGUCGACUCCAUGGUGAGGUGCAGCCUUCCUCCACCUGAGGAGCUGCCAUCUACACCCCCACUGCAGGAUUUCGUGGCAGUGCUGGUGCGAGUGUACGUGAAUGAUAGUGUGGAGGUGGCCUCUCGCGAGUUUGACUUCUACAACUGUGCAGCAGCCAUCCGCAAAGCGGAAAACACUCCAUGUACAGCCUGCGUGAGCAGACCGUGGGCGUGUCAGUGGAAUACUGCUGACCACACCUGCUCGGAUAUGAACGAUAAUGAAAAAGGACCCAACAUCAUCAAACAUAAACAGGCGAAGAACUGUCCGCGGUUUGAGAACCCGGACCCCGUCCUCAUUCCUGUGGGAUUUAAGACCCGCAUCAGUUUUGAGGGUGUAAAUCUAGGUGCCUACAAGGAGCGGGAAUUUACUAUCGGCACAGAGCUAAUGAAACAGGUUGAAGACGAUGUGAAGACGGAAGAGGGUCCGUUCUUCUCUUUCGGCGGAUAUAUGUUUGCCUACGACAAGACCCAGGAGACCAGUGUCCUGUUCCACAUUAAAGACAAAGACACCGAGAAGAAGAUUGACAGCACGCUCAAUGUCACUCUGUAUAACUGCUCGCUGGGCCGAGAGGACUGCAGUCUGUGUAAGAACGCGGACCCCAAAUACCAGUGCGUGUGGUGCGCUCGGACCCGCUCCUGCGUGUUCGAAAAGCUGUGUACCACCGACGAGGCGCAGGAGUGCCCGGACCCCGGCAUUUCAGCUAUAAUCCCUCGCUAUGGUCCUAUACUGGGAGGAAUCUCUGUUACUAUUAAAGGCUCCAACCUGGGAAUUCAGAAGGAGGACAUUAAGAGCAUCACUGUGGCAGGGGUUCCCUGCACUCAGCAGGAGGAGAAAUACUCGGUUUCUACCAGUGUUGUGUGUGAGAUUGGUGCAGUGGAAAACCUCAAACCGUUUGAAGGAUUGGUGGAGGUGGAGGUCAAAGGAGGAAAGAAAGGCACUUCUUCAGUCUACUUUAAUUAUCGGGACCCCAAGCCUGAAGCAGUACAUCCCAACCGUGGUCCCAGAGCAGGAGGGACGGUCAUCACGAUCACCGGAACCAACCUGGACACAGGCUCUAAGGAGGACGUGGUCAUCACUGUGGAUGGAGUGCCGUGCCCCGUUGAGGAGUUUGGAGAGAAGAUCACAUGUAAAGUGGGGCCGUAUCGAGGCGAGAAGGUGCCCUCUGACCUCCUCCCUGUUGUGGUGCGCUAUGGGAAAUACACCAGCACUCAGGUCUCUUCAGCCUUCCAGUUCUUCAACAAUCCAGUGAUUACAGAUCACCAGCCCAGACACAGCUUCGACUGUGGUGGAAGGCAGAUUACAGUGAUUGGCUCAGGGUUUGCCCUCAUCCAGAGAGCCUCUAUCAGAGUGCAGGUGGCUGACGAGUGGUCCGGGCUGAAGACGAGAACUACGGCCGAGUUCGUGCAGGAGGCCGUGAUUAAGAAUGACACCACGCUGCAGUUCCCCUCGCCGGUGGUGAAUAGGAUGCACGACAGCCAAUCCUUCACCAUGUCCAUCCAUCUGGACAACGUCGUGGAAAAGCUCAGUCCAUUCGAAUAUCACAGCAAUCCUGAGUUCUAUCCUCUCUCCAACAACGUCAUCAUAGAGAACAGCGUGUUCAUCGUAACGGGUCGAGGUUUUUCCAAAGCCAUGACCGCUAAGGAGGCGCUGGCGUUUGUGGGCGACGUGUCCUGUAAUGUGAACACUCUUCAGGACGACAAGCUGUUCCUGGACCCACCGAGCACCACGCCCAGCUCUCGCUCCAAGAGACAGCGCCGAGACAUCGCCACUGAACCCCUCGACCUCCUGAUUAAGUUUGGUCAUGGAGAGUGGGUGGUUGGCUCUGUGCACUACGAGAGGAAGUACGAGGUGAAGCUGGAUAAAAUCAUUAUCCCUGCUGUUGUCGUCCCCAUGCUGCUGAUUAUCGCCAUCUCUAUAGUGUGCUACAGGAGGAAGAGUCAGCAGGCUGAGCGCGAGUACGAGAAGGUGAAGCAUCAGUUGGAGAAUCUGGAGGAGAGUGUACGGGAUCGCUGCAAAAAGGAGUUCACAGACCUGAUGAUCGAGAUGGAGGAUCACACGAAUGAUCUGAGUGAAGGACGAAUCCCCUUCCUGGAUUAUAAGACCUACACAGACCGGGUCUUCUUCCUGCCCUCUAAAGACGGAGCCAACGACGUCAUGAUCACCGGCAAGCUGGAUAUCCCAGAAUCCCGCAAAGCUAUAGUGGCCCAGGCUCUCAACCAGUUCUCCAACCUGCUCAACAGCAAGACCUUCCUCAUCACUUUUAUCCGGACUCUGGAGGCUCGUCCAGACUUCAAUGCGAGGGCUAAGGUGUACUGUGCGUCUCUGCUGACUGUGGCUCUGCAUGGAAAGCUGGAGUACUACACAGACAUCAUGAGGACUCUGCUGCUCGGGCUAAUGGAGGAGUAUGUGCAGAGUAAAAACCCUAAACUGAUGCUACGCAGGUCAGAGACAGUGGUUGAGAGGAUGCUGUGUAACUGGAUGUCCAUCUGCCUCUAUCAGUUCCUGAAGGACUCUGCUGGUGAGCCACUGUAUAAACUCUUCAGAGCCAUUAAGCACCAGAUAGAGAAGGGUCCAGUGGAUGCACAGGUGAAAAAAGCCAAGUACACACUCAACGACACAGGCUUGCUGGGCGAUGACGUGGAGUACAGUAUGCUGACCCUGCAGGUGCUGGUCCAGGGAGAAGGUCCUGACAUUACUCCAGUGAAAGUGCUGGACUGUGACACCAUUUCUCAGGUGAAAGAGAAGAUCAUUGAGCAGGUGUACAAAAACCUGCCCUACUCUCAGAGGCCCAAAGUGGAGAGCGUGACACUCGAGUGGCGUCCUGGCUCGACGGGGCAGAUUCUGUCUGACCUGGACGUGACUUCUCAGAAAGAAGGCAGAUGGAGACGCCUUAACACGUUAGCUCACUACAACGUUCGAGACAAUGCCACGUUGGUCCUCUCCAGGCUCAUGCACACACAGCAGUCGUACUACCAAAACCAUGACAACCACGAGGAGAGAAAUGCCUUGCUGGAAGAUGAUAAAGUGUUCCAUCUGGUCCGACCAGCAGACGAGCUGGACGAGAUGAAGUCCAAGAGAGGCAGCAUAAAGGACAAGUCCAUGACCAAAGCCAUCACAGAGAUCUAUCUCACACGCCUGCUCUCGGUCAAGGGCACGCUGCAGCAGUUUGUGGACGACUUCUUCCGGAGUGUUCUCUGCUCAGGAACUGAGGUGCCGCCUGCUGUUAAAUACUUUUUCGACUUCCUGGAUGAACAGGCCUUAAAACACGACAACGUGGACGAGGAGACCAUUCACAUCUGGAAGACGAACAGUCUCCCUCUAAGGUUCUGGGUGAACAUUCUGAAGAACCCGCAUUUCAUCUUUGAUGUCCAUGUGACAGAAGUGGUUGAUGCCUCGUUAUCAGUGAUCGCUCAGACCUUCAUGGAUGCCUGCACAAAGUCGGAGCACAAACUCAGCAGGGACUCGCCCAGCAACAAGCUUCUCUAUGCAAAAGAGAUCUCUUCAUACAAGAAGAUGGUGGAUGAGUACUACAAAGGAAUCCGAGUAAUGGUACCAGUCAGUGACCAAGACAUGAACACACACUUGGCUGAAGUGUCUCGGGCUCAUACAGACAAACUGAACACACAAGUGGCUCUCCAUCAGCUGUACCAGUAUGCGAGCAAAUACUAUAAAGAGAUUGUCCUAUCUCUGGAUGAAGACCCUGCAGCACAGAGUAAGCAGCUGACGUUCAGGCUCCAGCAGAUCGCUGCAGCGCUGGAAAACAAAGUGACAGAUCUCUAACCCUGCCGCACCGAAACACAAAGAGACGGAGAGACAGAGAGAGAGAGAGAGAGAGAUAGAGGCUGGUGUGGAAUCAAACUGCCAGAGGUCAUGUUGGGCUCAAGUCUCUGGGGGUUGGAGAAAGGAAUAGAAAGAAAAAUGGAACAAAAGAAUGCAGCCCUCAGAGUGUAUUUAGCAUUAUAACUAUAAUCAGAUGUUCAAUUUCUUCCUGUGUAGAGAAAAGAAGUUUUAAGAAUUGUAUUAUAUAUUUUUUUUAUCGUGCAGUCUUUAAUGCGGAAAGCUUUAUAAUGAGAAAAUAACUUUUUAAAUGGACAGCCUUGUGUUGAUUGUGUUUAUAAAGCCUCUGUGUAUAUGUGGGGGAUCUGUGGGGGUGGGUCUGUGUGUGUCUAUUAUGGGGGUGUGUUGGAGAAUUUUUUUGUGUGUGUGUGUGUUGAGUGUGAGAUGACUGCUGACUGCUAAUUGCUCACACACAGGAUGCCUAAUUUCUGACCCAAAGGGAGUCACCCAGUCAUCUACAGUCAGUGUAUGACCCCAGGGUGUUUGUACGCGCGUGUGUGUGUGUGAGUGUGAGCAUGUUCGUUUUAAUGUCCGCUCACUCUGGGGUCAUAACCUACUUAUGUAUUGUCCAACCAAACAUCAUCUGAUGGACCCUGACUGGCAGGAAGCAGAGCGGAUCUCCAGCAGGUGGUGAUUUUAUUUUUCUAUUGAUUCUAUGUGCGGACCUGCUGGCCUGAUGGGUCAGCUUCCAUCAGACGACACACUGGAAAAGCCAAUAAUGUAAUUAAUAGCACAUUUCCUUUACAUGCUCUUAAUGCACCAUAACAACAUGGACCAACCUGAGCACAAAGAGAUUCUGUUUAGGCAAUAGCAUUUAAACUAAACUAAAUAAGUGUCCGCUGACACAAAACAUGUCAUUUUUAUAUAUAUAGAUAAGUGUUUCAAGUGUCCUGAAACAUUUGUUUAAUUGUACGCUCAUUUUAGAAAUGUGCUUAUUAUUCUGUUUUGCGCUGAUUUUUUUUUUUUACAUUGUUUUGCACGUCUUAUAAAAUGAUGGUUAUGUUUUAUCUUUUAUGCUUCAUGUUACCAAAAUGUGAUGUUGAUGACAAAUCAUUUCAGAGAUGAUUACAGCAAUCUUUUCUAUUUCCCACAAUGCUUGGAACAACACUAUAAAAUGAAAUGCUUUAGAGCAUUUAAAGGGAAAUUCCACAGACUUUUCAAUAAUUCUGUAUAAUUCUAUAGCGUAUAGAUUAAAACAGAAACAUUCAGAUAUUUUAAGUGGUUUGGUGUGAAAUUAAAAGAGUAUUGUAGAGGAACUAGAAGGUGCAGUGCCUACAUGUAUAACAAUAGUAUUAACUGUCCAAAAUCACCAGUUAUUUAAUGCUGUAAUGAUGAUAAUAGUUAAUAUAAUAAAACAGCUAUUUUAUAACUUGUAUUUAAAGGUUUUUGUUUUAGAAAUCAGGUCAGAAAUAGUUAUAUGGAAUGUAAAACAUUUAAUUAAAGCAUUUUAAUUAUUAAAUGGUCGGAACAGAGUGGUCAAAGCAGAAAAAACAAUUUUUUAAACGGAGCUAGCAAGCAUUGGGGCCUCGAGUGGUCUAUGAUUGGGAGAUCGCUGGGUCGAAUCCCGGUCAUGCGGCUUGUCAUCAGCUACAGGAGUCCUGAGAGAGCACAAUUGGCCUUGCUCUCUCUGGGUGUGUAGAUGGUUCUUUUUCAUUCUCUCAUCAUUCCUAGGGUGAUGUCGAUCAGCACAAGGCGUCUGUGAGCUCAUAUAUCGGAACUGAGACGCUGCGCUUUUCUCCGAGCGCACUGGCAAUGUAUAUACAGCUGAGUAGCAGCUGAAUUAAUGGGAGAGUUGGCUUAGCUAAAUUGGGAAAUAGAAAUUUUAAAUGGAAGUAUCUUCAAAACUAAUUCAGUAAAUAUGGUCAUAGGGUGCUUUAAGGAACUUUACACAGAUUUUAAAGGGUCUGUGAGGGUCUUAGCUCCUCUGGGUUAAGGUGGCAUAUCAGCUUAAUUGUAUCAAAUGGGCACAGAAAUCCUUUUGCAUUGUUUAUUCAUUUAAAAUGAUAUUUAAAACAUUUGUUAUCAGUCAGAUUUAGUGAAAUUAUACAGAAAACAAUGACUCAAUCAACUUUCUAAUACUUGGUGCCCAUUCUCUUCACCCAUUCUCUUCUAAUGAUCCGCUACACCUCAAGCUCUCCACAGGGGUCAUCAGGUUGACACCUCCCUCCCUUUGUCAGUGUUUCGCUGAAUUAAGUCCUCUGGAAGGCUCAACAGCGAGGCCUGGCAUCUCAAUCCCAAUCACAAUCCUACUGCCCUUUAAGAUCAGUUUACCUGAACACCUUAUUACCUACCUGACUGAAUACCUGUAGUUUAUAUCUGUAGAGUCACACUGACCUUCCUGGUGAGCAUGACGGUUGGAGGUUGUACUUAUAGCUCCACUGGUGCUGGCACCACUCUGAACAUUUCUAAAACAGAGCCAGAAUUUCACACCAAACCAUGAUGAAUGAAUCUGUUUAAAUGUUAACUAUUUAAACUAGCAAAUCUUUCAUUUUAAAGAAUCUGUGAAAUUUCCCUUUUUAAGUUUUUUUAAAAAGCUUGCCUGAUAUCUGUUUUUGUCCAGCAGGGGGUGUAGCUUGGCACGCUGAGGUGCAGAGCUAGUGGUCCUCACAUUUUUCAGCACUUAGUUUAAUCCUGCUGAACAAAAACAGAUCCACACUCAUCAGCCAUAAUAUUAAAACCUGCCAGAACAGUUCUGACCUGUCAAAGCAAGGAAUUCACAAGAUAUCUGAAGGUGUCCUGUGAUAUCUGGCACUUUAUCAGAAUGUUAGCAGCAGACCCUUUAAGUCCUUUUAGUUUAGUUUUAGUGAAGUGGGGCCUGCGUGGAUCUCACAGCAGUGACUGCUGGGUGCCCAUGGCCCUGUCACUGGUUCACUGGAUGUCCUUAUGUUUAUCUGACUGACCUGUAGACCAGCAGAACCCCACCAGAUCUGCCUGAUUUUAGUGUGUCUCAAAUCCCUACAUUCAUCCAUUUUUGUUCCAACAUGCGUCAAAAACAAACCACCUUCAAGAACUGACUGUUCACUUGCUGCCUAAUACAGAGAUCACACCCUUCAACAGAAGCCACUGUAAAGAGAUCAUUCUCUUCAGUGGAUUCAGUGGAUUUAAUAUUAUGGCUGAUGAGUGUCAAAAGGAAACAUUUCAUACUGUAAUGUGUAUCCAAGUGGAUCAAUCGUUGCUGUUAAAACGUCAGAUAACGUGUUGUGAGAGUAGCAUUCAGCUAAUACAUUAGCGAGGGAGUCGACAUAGUAAUAAUAAUAAGCAGCUUUUAAAUGCGUAGCUGCUUUGGUACUAAACAGUGAUGAACAGUGUGGUAUUUCUGAGCUAAACUGUUGAACAGUGUGUAAACUGCACAUGAGCUUCUCUGUAUCUGUAUUCAAACUGUACUUUUUUUUUCUUUUCAUUUUUGUACUUUUUUUUUUUUUUCAUUUUUGUACCUUUGUUUUAAGAGAUCAUUGUUUGUGUUCAUACUAUAGACGUCAUACUGUCUGUACCAAAUACUGCAAUACAGCAAUCCUUCUCAAAGUUUGGAGUAUUAUAGGUGUUUAGGUAGCCUUUUUUGAAGCUGGUGAAUAUUGCUUUUUUUUUUGUUUUUUUAUUCGCUUUCAUUCUUAUAGGGGUUGAGGUUGGGAAUUAGGUCAGGAAUAACUGGUCUUAGAUCAGCUCAAAUCCUUUUUGUUUGUUUUUUAAAGCCUUUUCCUUGAGCAGCAUCUCGAGCAGCAUCUUUUAGGGCUUGUGCCACCCUUCGUUUUGACUGCCAGAUGGCUGGAUUCUGGCCUCUGAAUGGUGGGAUUCCUCAUGAAAGUAAGGAGUAGCGGUGGUCUGUCUGCGGCGUCUCUGUCGCCGAGCAGCGCGGAGCAUAAUGAAGAAGCCUCGCGGCGGUUGGCACUGCCCACUCAAUUCCCCUCUGCUUUAAUGAAAGCAGCGGGAGACGCGUUUGAUCUUAAUUGCAUGCAAGCUGCUGACACCGUGCUUUUAAAUAUGCUCACAAUAUUCCGUCUUUUAUUAUUUCAUUAUUUUCCUUCGGGUUCAGAAUCGGAGACCCAAGCCCCUAUAGCUCGACGCAAAGCUUCUUUAGCCUUUCUUUCACCGAAACGUGCCUUAAUGAUAUUAAGUGUUACUACUACUAUCGUUAAUUCUAUUCGAUGAUAUCAAGUGGCGAAAUGGCUCAAGUUUUAGAGAUAGGGUGCUUGCAGUGUCUUUGCAGCUGUGGUGUUGACCGUGAGUAAGUGCAGUUGUCAUGCUAGGAUCAUUUGUGCUGUAGCCACAAUGUGCCAAUUAGGUUGAUCGCAAGCAAAGGGAAGUUAAAGGCCGUUUUUAUAGCGUGCAUAUCUUUCUGGGCGUCCGUGAUUCGUGCGUGUGUGUGUGCGCGUGUGCACUUUUGUAGACGUCAUAUACUGGGAACAAAAAUCUCAGACUGAUUGAUCCGACCUAAACAAGGCCGUGGUGAAUGUAAAUCCAUCCCCUCACUCCCUCCAAAAGCAUCCGCCAUUACGCUUUUGUUCCUGAUUCAAGAGGAGCAGGAUGUGCAACAGAGGUUGUUGACUAGCUCUAGUGUGUCCCACUGUUGUGUUUAUCCCCUUAGCUCUUAUCAUUUCUAUGCUAUUUCAUAGUGUGUAUGAAAAAAAAGAAACACAGUAUCUAUACUCUACAAUGACCUUCUUACUGCUGUGCAGUUAUUUUUAUUCCUUCAUGUCCUUAUGAUAAUAAUAUAUGCCUUUGUAUUAAAGAUGAAGCAAAUCUGUCAACACUGUAUUUCUUGUGUAAUAAUCCUAUGCAUUUUUGAGGUCCAGGAAAAAAAAUGCCAGUAUGUUGUGCUGUUAUCAAGAUGUUUUUCUCCCCUUUUCUCCUUGUGAAUGUGUAGUGAAGUGAGAGUAAGAUAGCUGGGACUGUAUAAGGUGCAGUAAAGAGAAGAAUAAAGGCGGGAGUCUAAAUGCUGGCCACGGCUCCUUCGGACCCGGCCGCUCGGAACAUAAUCUGUUUGUACUGAAGUGCUCGCCACUCAGUGGGGGGGCAAGGCCCGACAAACACACACCUUGCACCCUUACGUCAAUAAAGAGACACUUCCAUUUCA